CGCUACAGCUAUGUGACAAAGGUUUUGAAAUCAUCGAAAUGCAGUGAGUAGCUAGAAAUGGAUUGCAGCUCGUCUUUGUACAUGUGCUUCCCCUGCUGCCAACUCUUCAGUUCCCUGGAAGAUGUAUUAUCCCACCAGCAGACGUGCCAUUCUGAUGACACUAAGGAGGAGGCCGCUCAGGCAGCACCAUCUGAUGAUCUGGAUGAGGAUCCUGAUAAACAGAUGUCACCCCAAAAGUGUGUCCACCCUGAGUCUGCUCAGCCCAGUCUUUAUGAAAACCCUAGCUCACCUCAGCAAAGUUUGACUGAACACUUGAUUGAUGUAUCCCUGCACAGCUGUAGCAACAAUGUAGUGUCGAGUCCUUCCCAGGUGAUUCUUAACGGGGACGUCCAAGACAAUCAAAGGCAGACUGGUUCAUGUUCUGACCCGCUCAUCCACUACCAGUGUGGGGAUUGCGGGUCCCUUUUUGACUCCUUGGCUCAGUGGCAACACCAUCGCAAGUUGGGCUUAUGCGCUGAGCCUGCCAUAGUGCCCGAUAGAAAUAAGCAGGUACAGUGCUUGGCUAUGCUUCAGGAUUUUAAUAUGAAGCUCUGUCAACAACUUGAUGUGCAGCAUGCAGAGUCUGGUCAAUGGGCAGAGCAUAUCAAGGACAUGGGGAGAGAGGGGGGAGCUGGUGUGAAAAUGGAAAGUCAACCUGAAUGGCAAAAUGGAGAGAUGGCAGUCAGUCAAGACCAUUCCUACCUGCCUAUCAGACAAGGGGAAGGAGAGGAGGGCCAAAGAGAAGUACAUGUUGAAUCAAAAAUGCAAGGUUCUGGAGCUCAUGGGAAAGUUUUGGAAAGGGGUAUGGAGGCUGACCUAGGAACAGCUGAAGUAGAAAUUACAGCACUGUCAUGCAUACUGGAAGAAGAACCAGUGAAUUCCCAAACUAUUACAGAAGAACAGAAGCUGAAGACAAACGAGACAGAGAUGGUCUCUGCUGUCACGCCUGCUGUGACAAGCCAGAACUUCCUGUGUAUGUACUGUGGGAAUGGAUUCAGCUCAGAAUCUGCACUAGUAGCUCACCGAAAAACACGCCAUGGCCUCGAGGAGGCAGUGCACUGCUGCCCAGUGUGCAAGGAGACUUUCAUGAGUACCACCCUUUUCCUGUACCAUCGACGACAGCAUAGAGAGAGGCAGGCCCAGGAGCUGGAACCCAACAAAACUGCAAAGAUCCCUCUAACGGCUUCUUCAGGGGAAGAAAAGAGGUCUGAUUCAAACCUCAAGGGAUGGUCCAAGAAAGCAAAAGACCUAGUCAUGCCAGUGAGCUUCCAUUCUCCUGCCUCAUUUGUGGAAAGUUCUUCUUGUGCAGAAAAGAAUUACAGCUCCACUUAUUCACACAUCAAGUUUUCAGACCAGGCUGUGCUGGAUGUCCACAUGCACAGCUGCCCGAAGAAGGUGAAGCAAACAGUGAGGCGCGGGCGUGGCAGAAAUGUGGAGCUGCUGAUUUGUGACUUAUGCGGACACUGCUGCAUGACCCAGGAUGGGCUGGAUCUCCACCGCCUCUCCCAUUCAGGGCAGACUCCUCUACGCUGCCCAUUGCUGCCCUGCCGACGGCGCUUCAUCACCAGCUCUGCCUUGGAGGAUCACAUCCUCACCCACUCCCAGACACCACCUGACCUGACUGCCCAGGACUUUGCUCCGAAGCCCCGUCCCUUCCACUGUGAGCGUUGCAGCAAGUCCUUCACCACAGCCUCUUCUCUCAGUGUGCAUCUGAGGAUCCACACUGGAGAGAGACCAUACCAGUGUACCCAGUGCGGAAAGAGGUUUCGUCAGAUCCCCCACUUACGGGACCAUGAACGCCUGCACAGUGGGGUCCGGCCAUUCAGCUGUGAAGUGUGUGGGAAGAGCUUUGUGUUGGCGGCCCGGCUAGCAGAACACGCUCGGACUCACAGUGGGGAAAAGCCUUAUACUUGUCCCCUCUGCACACGCACCUUCCGCUCUCUUUCCAACCUGGGCAAGCACCGCAAGACCCAUAGCAAGAGCCCUGCCCACAAGGAGGUGAGCAGUACAGAGGAAGGGGAGACUGCAGUCCAAACAAUCCUGCUUGUCCAGGCCCAACCCUCUAUCCUACAAGGUGCUGACCAGCCCCACCUUUGCCAGCUGUCUCCUCCUACUAUGACAGUCACAUCAACUGCAUCUUCCCCUCUGGUUCUUCUGCAUCCCACUACCUCUUUGAGCAAAGUACAGGAGGAGCAAGUGAUUCCUAUCAUUCAACAUGCCAUAGAUGUCAUUGUGGAGGAGACAGUGUAAUGCAGAGCUCAUUGUGAUAAGAGGCUGAGCUACAGCCAGUUGAAGAUGUUUAGAUAUCCAGCAAAACUCCCAAAGGCUAGAUGCUACAAGGACAAAGGGUGUGCUCAAACAAGUGACAGCAGGACAGGAAUGUCAGAGAAUAAUGGGCAAAAGUUAAGGUGAAAUUGUUUAUUUCUACCUUUUUUUUUUUUUUUUUUUUAAAAAAAAAAAUGAAUAGCUUUGAAUUUACGCUGUAAAAUGGGUCUCAUUUACAAAACGUGCUUCAUCUGUCCAUGCACUUUGUGUCCAUGACUUGAUGGCAAAGAUAGCCUUCUGAAGCAAUUAUAAGCACAGCAUCAUGCAGUAUAUAAUCUUUUCAGGAUUGGCUAUUGUAUUUCAAAAAGACCAUAAUAUAGAAUGAUGUUCUGACUGUCAUGCAACAUUUCUCACAUUGUGUCUGAAACCAUAUCUUCAGUGCUAGGCUGCAGAUUGGGUCUUUUAUGUUCAUCUGCCAAGACCAGUAUAAAUGAAGCAAGAACCUACAUCUCUCUCUGCUGUUUUGCAAUCAUAAUCAGUUUAAAAAUAUCUGCUGUCCAAUAAAGGCUGGUGGACCCUGUAGCAUCAGUAUACUAAAGUAAAGAAUAAACACUGAAUAAUGUGAUAAAUGUAAGUCAAGAGCAGUUUAAAUGUUUGCUACUAGCCUGAUAUGUUUGUAUAGUGGGCAUUUUCAUGGUUAAAAAUGUGGACAGCAAAUUAACUGCUUGACCAUGAUCUUUAUGGUCACAGAGCCAGUGUCUGUGAACAGUGUCAGCAAUAUUUUCCUUUUAUUAGUGACAGUGUUGAGUUGGAAGAAAUAUAAGUUUAGGACCAGUGAAGUAUAAGCAUGUUUAACAUGGGUAAACAUACAGAGCUGACACAAACUGCACAAAUCAUAAUUCAGUGCCUUGUCCAACUUAUUUGGUUUGAAUGUCAUUACAAGUAUGUAUUGCUUUAAGGAUGUAUUGGUGUUUAUUAGCUGUUCUUCACACCUUUGGCUAGGGCAUUGCAGCAGGUAGCACUGCUGCCUCAUAGUAUCUAGUUGGUAGAAAAGAAUAUGGGUUCAAUCCUUGCUCAGUCUGUGUGCAGUUUACAUGUUCUCCUUGUUGGCUUUCCUCUGGGUGUUAUGGUUUCCUUCCACGAGCCAAAGAUGCAUUUCAAAUGCAUUGGUGGUUCUAAAUUGCCUAUAGCACCAGGCACUGGUUCAUCAGUGCCAGUCCAAGCCCAGGUAAAUGGUGAGGGCUGAUGUGAGGAAGGGUAUCUGGUUAUAAAUUCUCUGUUCAGCCACAUCUCCAAAUGCUGUGCUAUGUGGAGGUAAAACUGCCAACCUGCAUUGCCCUGUAAAAUGGCCUAUGAAACUGCAUAGUAGAUACAUACAGCUAGGUAAUUUGUACUGUAGCAGUGCAGGGUAAUCAAGCCAGUCCUUGCACGUGGAAGGCAACAACUAACCACCACCCUACUGACUGCGCCAUAAAAAAAGAAAAGCUACCUACUUUUCAUACCAGGACACACAAAUUGUACUGAAGUUUGUAGUGAAGGUAAAACCAUUUUAUUUUACUUUAUUUGUCCAGUAGUUCUUGGUGACCUCCAUUGUUUAUUUUAACUGUCAUUUUGUUACAUUACCAUGUACAUUUGUUUUGCAGUAGUUACAUGCAAAGCCACAGUCCAGAACUCUUAAAUUGCAAAGAUUCUUUUGAGUAUAAUAAAAUAGCUUAGUGACAUUUACCUGGCCAGUUAUUUACACAAUUCUGAAUUUUUUUUUUUUUGGGGAACUGUUAAUACAGAGCCCAUGUAAGAUUUGUAUUGGAGGUUUUCUGUAACAUAGGCCUGAUAUUCAAAAAAAUGUAUAGAUCACUUGAGCUGUAAAUCACUGUACUGCUUAGACUAGAGUGUCACAUGCAGCAGUAAAAGGGACAUGGACAUGUAGUGCUGUGCAUCUAAAUUUGCCUGAAAAAGGUGAAAAGCAGAGUUAAUAUCGCUAUGUGCACCAUACAAAGAAAGUGCUGAAGUGAGACAAGGAACACAGAGCAAAGAGAUGCGUUGAGUGUGCUCGUAAGGGAAACGGCAUAGAAACGUAACUUGGAUCAGGCAGGGGCAUGUGGUCAGGACAGACACUGAUGGGACUGGAGCACUGGACUAGAACACAAACACACUUUGAAGAGGACCGCAGGAGCAUGUGAGUAAACAUGGGCUGAGAAUCAUAAAACAACUUCUAGGGAAAAAAAGUAACACAUUGCUUUCCUUUGCAGUUUUAUAACGAGGCCCCCAGAA